AUGCCUCUAUCUAACGGGGAUGGCCGCAAAGCCUGCACGGUCACCUCGCUACGUGGGCGGACAGAGUUUGUUGACUGCUCCAAGGCCCUGGACCUCCUGAAAACGGAGUAUACGUCUGGAGAUGGCCUGGAUAUCAAUGAAUUGCUUGACUCGAACAAGCGCGGGGCUUUGACUUACAAUGACUUCCUGGUACUCCCUGGAUAUAUCGGAUUUCCCGCGUCUGACGUAACUUUGCAGUCUCCUGUAACCAAGCGCAUUUCUUUAAACGUGCCUCUACUCUCUUCUCCCAUGGACACUGUCACUGAACACUCCAUGGCUAUCCAUAUGGCACUUUUGGGAGGCCUCGGUGUGAUUCACCACAACUGUUCGGCCGAAGAGCAGGCUGAAAUGGUUAGGAAGGUGAAACGAUAUGAGAACGGGUUUAUCCUCGACCCAGUCGUCAUCUCUCCAAAGACUACAGUCGCUGAGGUCAAGGACUUGAAGCAGAAGUGGGGUUUCGGAGGCUUUCCUGUGACUGAAAAUGGCGAUCUUCGCUCCAAGCUGGUUGGUAUUGUCACCAGCCGGGACAUCCAAUUUCACCCUGAGUUGAGCGAUCCGGUCACCGCUGUCAUGACCACCGACCUUGUAACUGCUCCCUCUGGUACUACCUUGGCUGAAACCAACGAAGUCCUUCGGGCUUCCAAAAAGGGUAAACUCCCAAUUGUUGACGAGGCAGGAAAUAUUGUUUCCCUCCUUUCUCGCUCUGAUCUGAUGAAGAACCUCCACUACCCACUUGCUUCUAAGCUUCCCGACUCGAAGCAGCUUAUUUGCGCUGCGUCUAUCGGCACUCGUCCCGCUGACAAGGACAGACUUCAGAAGCUUGUUGAGGCUGGCCUUGACGUUGUUGUCCUCGACAGCAGCCAGGGUAACAGCAUGUACCAGAUCGAUAUGAUAAAACACAUCAAGGCUACACAUCCGGAAAUUGACGUCAUUGCCGGUAAUGUCGUCACUCGUGAGCAAGCCGCGUCUCUAAUUGCUGCCGGUGCUGAUGGCCUCAGAAUCGGCAUGGGCAGCGGUAGUGCUUGCAUCACCCAGGAAGUUAUGGCAGUUGGCAGGCCUCAAGCAGCCGCUGUUCACAGCGUAACUGAAUUCGCCUCCCGUUUCGGUGUUCCUUGUAUCGCCGAUGGUGGUGUUCAGAACGUGGGUCACAUUGUCAAGGCUCUUGCCAUGGGUGCUUCCACCGUUAUGAUGGGCGGUCUUUUGGCUGGUACCACCGAGUCUCCAGGCCAGUAUUUCGUCAGCCGUGAAGGACAACUCGUCAAAGCCUACCGUGGAAUGGGUAGCAUUGAUGCCAUGGAGGAAAAGAAGGCCGGCGGCAGCUCCGCUGGCAACAAGAGCACUGCCGGUACUGCCAGAUACUUUUCUGAGAAGGACAGCCUGCUUGUCGCUCAGGGUGUCUCUGGCUCCGUCCUAGACCGUGGCUCCAUCACCAAGUUCGUCCCAUAUCUCAUUGCCGGUGUCCGGCACUCGUUCCAGGAUAUGGGCGUCAAGAGCUUGCGUGAACUACACGAUGGUGUCGCGAAGGGAACUGUUCGCUUCGAGGUUCGAACUACCAGUGCCCAAGCCGAAGGAAAUGUCCAUGGCCUACAUACCUACGAUAAGAAGUUGUACUCUUAA